AUGAGCUCCCACAAUAUCCCCAAGCGCAAUGCCACCGGGGCAUUUGCGACCCCAAUCGAUCCGCCUCAGCUUCGCGCUCACCCUCGCGACCAUCAACAGCAGGACGGCAACGAGAAUCUCAUUGACGAGACUGCCAAGAUGGCAAAGAGGCUCACCGAGGGCCCCUCCCAGACCCAAUGCGUCUUUGGCAAUGAAGACAUUGUCCCCGGCACCAGCAUUGCUGGCGUCUCCGGCCGCCUUGGCGAUCCCAAGCUUGCUUCGAUGCAAAAGAUGGUUCUCGACUCGGUUCCUGAGGGAAGUCAGGUUAAAAUCAUCUAUCUCAUCACCAAGGAGGAUGGGAACAACGAUCUCCGAGCUGGAAUUAUCAACAAUGCCGCUGCUGCACAAGCUGGACCUUCCGAGGCUGGCCGCAUUGUUCAACAGAACAAUGCGGUUCAGGACCGCACUCCCGCCCAGGCCCUCCAGAACAGACAGGGUGAGGACCAUGAUGAAGAGGAUGAAGAUGUCUCCCUGCGGCCUAGAAAGCGUCGCCGAGCUUCCUGCCGAGUCUCUCCUCUUCACAUGUCGCUUAGAGGCCUCAAGGCCGAGCAAGAGGACGAGGAAAGUGAGAUCAAGGAAGAGGCCGAUGAUGAGGUCAAGGAAGAGGUCGAUGAUGAGGCUCUCUUCUUUGCAGCACCCGACGAACAUAUCAACCCCUCUGAUGACAACGAUGAUGGUGACGAGGACGACGGCGAGGAACCAGUGCAAGUCAGAUACAAUGGAGGUUACUUUGAUAACUUUUUCGCCGCAUAUGAUGCCGCCUUCUCCGCUGAGGAUCCUUAUCCCUAUCUCCGGAGCUUGGAUGAUCUCGACCUUCCCGGACUGCGUUGA